GGCAAUCUCAGCUCAGUCUCAAAAAGCAAAAAAAAAGUAGAAACUCCAGAUGCAGACAGAGAACCUGGAAUCUGGAACUUAGAGGAAGAAACCUGGAGCAGCAAACCUAGAAUGUGGGUCUUCCAGAACAUGGAGCUCGGAGGCCACCACCCUCAGUGGUCAGUGGGGAAACUGAGGUCCAGGGCAUGGGAGAUCGUGAGCCUUGAUGAGCAGCAGUGGGCACACCGGCGGCUCUGCUGAGCUGGACUGGGAUGAGGACCCCCGCCACAGCCUGCUGGGUUCCUGACCUUGGGCACAUCCCCUCUCCAGGCAGAGGUGGAGGGAGAGUAAUUGGGAGAGGAAAAGAGACAGGGUGCCUUGUUCCAGCUGAGGGGAGGCUCCUUGGGUGCCCAGAGCCCCAGGCAGCUGUGCGCUUGCUCUGUCAGGACCACCCCCAGCAGGAAGCUAACUGUGACGCUCAGGUUCCCAGAUCCCAGGGCAACGCUGCCACCCUCCCGCCCAGGAGCUGCAGGCUGCGGGCAGGUGUGGCCUUGUCAGCUCACCAGGUCCCCACGGUGGCAGAGCCACGUUCAAGCCCAUUCGCUUGCUCAGCAGUGCACCUGCAGCACCAGGCACGAGGCAGUGAACACACAGCCGUGAGCUGCGGUUCAGACGCUAACCGGGAGGAUCCUAACUGCUGAGCUGCUCUUCCUUUCCCACCUUCUUCCCAUAACUCCUCCUGGCCAUGAAGGCUCUGGUCAUUUCCUGUAUCUCCCCUCCGCCACCACUACCCCAUUGGAAGGGGCCCUCAGGAUUCACGUAGCUAAGCUGCCUCAUUGAGGUGUGACAAGCCCAAGUUGGCGAAACAGGCAGGACUAGGAUCAUUGGCCACUUGUGUGAGCCCCAGACAGGCCUGAGAGCCCUGCAGCAUUGACUGGAAAGUGUGGGUGUGUGAAUUUGGGGUGGUCAUUUGUUCAUUCAACAAACUGAGGGUGAACACCUUUUUUGUGUGGGGCUCAGUGCUUGAGGCUGGGGACCCAGGGGUGUCAGACAGCACUGCCCUUGUGUGGGGCAAGGGGUUCUGGGAAGUAGGCCGGGGCCAGGGAGGCCUGGAGAAGUGCAGCUCAGCCGAACCCUCCAGGAACAGGCGCGGAGAUUGAAGCGUGAGGCCACGUAGAAACUUGUGUGCCUCCUUGAGGGACUUGGACUUUCUCCUGAGGGCAGACUCCUGCCCACUCCGAGCUGGGGAGGGCAGCGUCACAUGUGGCUUUCGCUUGGCUCAUCAGGGCCGGGUCGGGGGGCCCGUUGAGGAAGCUGCUGCCAUUCCCGGGAGUGGUGGGCUCGGGAAUGGGAGAUUUGGGAAGUGCAGGCAGUGGGACGGACAAGCCUUGGUGGUGGGUGGAGAGGGGCCCAGAAGGGGGAGCAUUGAGAACGCCGAAGUUGUCACAGUGUCAGUCUCUUGGUGCCGGGCUUGAGUCACAGGUUACCAGUGCAGGUUGUUGGGACAGCCGUUUGAUUUUUACCUUGUUUGUCACAGAGGGUCUCAGGCCAGAAAACCAGGCCUGGUGUGACCCAAAGCCCAUGCCCACUGCCCUCCUUGCUGCCCAGCCCAGAUCGUUCCCAGCAGGUCUGCACCUCUCUGUCCCUCACUCCAGCUGGCACCGGGCCACCUGAGCAUGCAAGCGUGCCCGCCACCUGCUGCCCUGUACACAUGGAUGGGUACCGGGGGAGCAGCAUCCACUCCUGCUGCCUAGGACUCUUGGACGAGACCUUUACCUCCCACCUGGUGCGUGAGGGCCUCUGCCAGCCAACAACCCCUCCACUGGCACCCAGGGUACAAAGUCCCCAAUGCUAGAGAAGGCCCCAGAGAAUGCGCAAGCGUGGGGCGCGCCCUUCCCUUCAUUUCCCCCCACCCCCCAUUCGCUCAGCCCGCCAGCCUGGAGAUGGAGCUGAGACUCUGUACUGAAGUGGCCCUUUGUACGUUGUCCCCAGAGGAUGACGAGUCUGGGCGGGAGGGGCUGGCACUGCCGGGGCUGCAGGGCAGGGCAGCACUGAUCUCAGCAGGGCAGGGGCUUUCUCUGGGGCCAUUGGGCAGGGGAGGAGCGCCUGUCAGGCGUGGGAACUCGCAGGCUGGGCCUGCACCCCCAAACCAGAGAAUACUUGUCCCUCCAAGUCUGUUGCUGCUUCUCAUCCGGUCUCCUGUGUCUUUGGACUGUUCCAUCAUCAUCCAGCGUCUGUGCAGUGCCUGCUCCUGGGCAGGCUCUGUCCUGCGGGGUGGGGAACAGUGGUGACUGAGGCCUGUGGUGACCCUGCUCUCCUGUGGCCACGCCAGCAGGAUGAGGGUGGGGGAGACAUAAACAACAAAGCGGGAUCACCUCCACAGCGAUGAGUGCUGGGGGGCGGUCUGGAGAGAGGGCUUGCGGGCAGGGGCAGCACUUCAGCCGGCUGCUCGGGGCGCCUGUCUGACGCAUGGCAUCAGAGCAUGCAGGGACCUGAGGAAGGGAGUUCCAGGUGGAGGGAUCAGCCUGUGCGAGGGCCCUGGAAUGGGGCCACACCUGAAGAGUGUAGGAGACAGGAAGGUGGGGAGCGUGGCUGGGGCCUGGGGGACAAGGGAGGCAAGGUCAGCAGAGACGCAGGCAUCAGAUGGCCAGGGUCCAUGGAGCACAGAGGAGUUGGGGUUUUAAUUCUGAGCGUGACGGGGCCACGGGAGGGCUUGAGCAGGGAGAUGUGGCCUGAUGGAGAAUUUGCGGUGAGGGGCUGCUGCAGAGGCAGGAGGGAAGCUAGUGAGAACCUUGGGGCGGCAGGGAGGCAGAGAGAGGUCCAUCCUGGGAGCAUUUAGGAGAACAGGGCCUGCAGGCCUUGCUGCAUCUCUGCCAGGUGAGGCCGCACCCAGCUCAGAGGACUGGCCUGUGUCAAGACUGUUCGGAUGUUAUCCGUUCUGAUCUCCUCGGGGUUGGGAUGGCCUCACAUUGCUGAUAGGGGCACUGAGGCCCAGGGUAUUCAGUGACCUGCCCAAGAUCACGGAGGAGGGUUUGGAAGGGGCAGGAUUUGAAUCCAGCCCCUUUUGAGGCUAAACUCCAGAGAGCUAUGGCCCUAAAGCAGCCCCCGCCCCAUGCUGACUCCUGAGAGAUUGGCCGCAGAGGGGACUAGCUCAGGGUCCAGGAGAGCCCUCUCACAGAGGCAGAAACACUCAGCCCGGCCCCUCCUGCCCGGCUUUUCCUGGCCCUCCUUUGUUAUCUGGCCAUGGCCACCCCCGCUCAGACCAAAGGCCCUGGCUGCCCCUCUGCCUGGGAGGCACCACAUCUCUGGGAGUCCUGGGGGUGGGAGUGGGGGCAUUCUGACCUUGGAAGCCAGGGCAGGGCAGAGCUGGCCUCUCUCCCUUCUCUUGUCCAGAUGGACUGGGGCAGUUUAUUCGGGCCUGUAAGGAAGGCUGAGUGGGCUGGGAGGUGGGUAGGGAGCUGAAAGCCCGAAAUACGGGGAUCUCGAGAAUUUAUCUUACGGGCCUCAGUGGGUCCUGUAAGCAUGGGAACUUUAAAUCUUUGUGGAGGGGCUGGCAAUACGGGCCUGUUGAUGAAUUAGAAGAAGUUGUGUUCCUUCCUUCCUCUAACCCGAAGCUUUGUUAAUAAUUAAUUAUCUGCCCAAUUAAUAAUUACAGGCUUGAGCAGCCCCUUCCCAUGCCCUCGCCUCACUCCAACCUCGUCUCUGUUCUUCCUUCCUUUGCCUUCCCAGCCCCCACUCCUACCCCCACCCUUCCGGCCAUCAGUCCCUGCCAGCCUUCCUCUGCAGAGAGGCCCCUGUGCCCUUCGGAGUCCCCCUGUCCCCGACACUACGCAGGGCAUCGGUUCUGUUCUUCCCAUGAGGGCCUUUCGGCAGCCCUCCAGUGCAGGCGCCACACAAUCUGACAAACGAGGCACAGGGGCAGAGGGGCAGAGGGGCGAGGGGCAGAGUCACACCGUACUCAUUCACUCAUUCUUUCACUGGAUGCUAUUGCGCUGUUCUCUGCGCGUCAGCCACCACUGUGAGCAAGACAAGCAAACAGGAAAUUCCUCUCCAGGCUUAGGGGACAGCAUGGGGGAACUCCUGAGCAGGCUGGGCUGAGGGCAGCCCCCCAGGGAAGGCAAGGGCUAGGAAGAGGGAGGAGUCCCCGGAGGGCGAGGUAUUGGAGGGUGGGGCUUUGUGUGCAAAGCUCCCCAGCAGCAGGAAUGCUCAAAGCUCUGGGCUCAGCCUCCUUCCAGGGUAGGGUGUGAUUUCUGUCUUCACCCUCAAGAGGGGUGUUUUCCACACUGGGGAAUGAAUGCCUUGCUAAGGGCGGACCCUUGGGCUUGGAGCCAGCAGUACAAUAGCUGUCUGGCUGUCUCCUCUGGGCAGAAUCGAGCCUCUGCUCCCACUCCCAGAGAGACCCAACUCCCUCCAAAAGGCUGUGGACUCCUGGGCCCCCUUGCAGGGGAGGCAGCAUGGGUUCAGGCUCCCUGGCCCCUGCCCUGUCCCUGCCUGGUACUUUGUCAGACACUCGGGGUCCUGCAUGCCGAGAGUUUAUUUCUGAGCUCUUCCAGGCAUAGGGUGUUCCUUGGUUCCCUAUCCUUGUCCCACUGAGAAUAUCCAGCAGCCCCUCUGGGAGUCGGGGCGCAGUUCUCGGGGACCCUCCCACCCAGAGAGGGAGCAAGGCGAGGCUCACAAGAGAUGGACCUACAUUUUACUGAACACUUGGUCCUAACAGGCUCUACACCUGUAAAACCACAAUGCCCCUACCUCCUCGAGCACCUGGCACCUAGGAGUGGCUCUGGGAGGGUGGGGCUGCCUCUCACUGCUGCCUGGUUACCUGUUUUACAAAGGAGGAGACUGAGGCUGGAGAGGUGAGGUGACCUAGCUGGAAAGAGGUGGAGCCACAAAACCAGCCCAGAUGGAGGGCGGGGCAGGCAUCUGGCGGGACAAGGUCAGUUCCUCCUGCAGUCACCUAACUGACACCUGGGCUCAGCUUCUAGGGAGGAAACUGCUGCCACAGAGCUAAGGGAUGAAAAUGAGACGCUACAAGCUCUUUCUCAUGUUCUGUAUGGCCGGCCUGUGCCUCAUCUCCUUCCUGCACUUCUUCAAGACCCUGUCCUAUGUCACCUUCCCCCGAGAACUGGCCUCCCUCAGCCCUAACCUGGUGUCCAGCUUCUUCUGGAACAAUGCGCCGGUCACGCCCCAGGCCAGCCCCGAGCCAGGAGACCCCGACCUGCUGCGCACCCCGCUCUACUCGCACUCGCCCCUGCUGCAGCCGCUACCGCCCAGCAAGGCGGCGGAGGAACUCCACCGGGUGGACUUCGUGCUGCCCGAGGACACCACCGAGUAUUUCGUGCGCACCAAGGCUGGCGGCGUCUGCUUCAAACCCGGCACCAAGAUGCUGGAGAGGCCGCCCCCAGGACGGCCGGAGGAGAAGCCCGAGGGGGCCAACGGCUCCUCGGCCCGGCGCCCACCCCGGUACCUGCUGAGCGCCCGGGAGCGCACGGGCGGCCGGGGCGCGCGGCGCAAGUGGGUGGAGUGCGUGUGCCUGCCCGGCUGGCAUGGACCCAGCUGCGGUGUGCCCACCGUGGUGCAGUACUCCAACCUGCCCACCAAGGAGCGGCUGGUGCCCAGGGAGGUGCCGCGCCGCGUCAUCAAUGCCAUCAACGUCAACCACGAGUUCGACCUGCUGGACGUGCGCUUCCACGAGCUGGGUGACGUGGUGGACGCCUUCGUGGUGUGUGAGUCCAACUUCACAGCUUACGGGGAGCCGCGGCCACUCAAGUUCCGGGAGAUGCUGACCAACGGCACCUUCGAGUACAUCCGCCACAAGGUGCUCUAUGUCUUCCUGGACCACUUCCCGCCCGGCGGCCGGCAGGACGGCUGGAUCGCCGACGACUACCUGCGCACCUUCCUCACCCAGGACGGCGUCUCGCGGCUGCGCAACCUGCGGCCCGACGACGUCUUCAUCAUUGACGACGCGGACGAGAUCCCGGCCCGGGACGGCGUCCUCUUCCUCAAGCUCUACGACGGCUGGACCGAGCCCUUCGCCUUCCACAUGCGCAAGUCACUCUACGGCUUUUUCUGGAAGCAGCCGGGCACCCUGGAGGUGGUGUCGGGCUGCACGGUGGACAUGCUGCAGGCAGUGUACGGGCUGGACGGCAUCCGCCUGCGCCGCCGCCAGUACUACACCAUGCCCAACUUCAGGCAGUACGAGAACCGCACCGGCCACAUCCUGGUGCAGUGGUCGCUGGGCAGCCCCCUGCACUUCGCCGGUUGGCACUGCUCCUGGUGCUUCACGCCCGAGGGCAUCUACUUCAAGCUCGUGUCCGCCCAGAAUGGUGACUUCCCGCGCUGGGGUGACUACGAGGACAAGCGGGACCUGAACUACAUCCGCGGCCUGAUCCGCACCGGGGGCUGGUUCGACGGCACGCAGCAGGAGUACCCGCCCGCGGACCCCAGCGAGCACAUGUAUGCGCCCAAGUACCUGCUGAAGAACUACGACCAGUUCCGCUACCUGCUGGACAACCCCUACCAGGAGCCCAGGAGCACGGCGGCAGGAGGGCGGCGCCACAGGGGUCCGGAGGGAAGGCUGCCCGCCCGGGGCAAACUGGAUGAGGCCGAAGGCUAGGGCUGCAUGAUCUGAUAGGGCUCGUGGCAGGGCGGGGGUGGCGACGGCCCCUAGCGCUAUCUCCCUGCCUCCUGCCAGCUCCGUGGUUCUUGAGAGGACCAGGAGUGGGUGGGGAGUGGGAGUGGGGGUAGGGUUUCCCUACUUCACCCUUGUGAAUCAAGGGUCAGGUCUUUGAGCUCAGAAAACAUCCCUCCUGUUGGGAGAGGGCGCAGGCCGUGAUGGCUGGGUGGCCCUUCUGACUGCCAAGACUGCUGUGGCUGUGGCCAGGAGGUGCCACUGGAGUGUGUGUGGUGGUCCCUGGGUAGCGGGGGACGGCAGGCAGGGCUGGGGAAGACAGCCUGCAGGGUCCCACCAGGCAGCCUCUGGGGCGUGGCCAGACCAGGAAAAAAGCCCACCAUUUGGCAUCCCUGGGUCUUGGGCUAGGUGUGGGAGACCCGCCUGCCAGGAGGACCCAGGGCUCCCCAAGUAGAUGCAUUUGGGUCCAGGGGGAAGCAUGGACGCCUGGGAGGGAAGAGAUGAAAAACCACAUCCUACCAAGAGGAGUUGCUGAGGGAUGCUUUGCAGUGUUGUCAAGUGCUGGGCCAGAGGGAGACAGAACUCCACCGCCUGCCACAAAGGACAGGACCUGGCUGCCCUGAGUCUGUCUCUCUGCUCCCCUCAGGUUGUCGUAAGCCAACACAGGGGCCUGGAGAAUCCUGAGGAGCUUUCCUUUGGGUUCCAAACCGGGCCUUGACGUUCCUUCUCCCGUUUUUACAUUGCUGUCUUGUGGACUGUGCACUCAGUCCUUGCAAGGCCAGGAGUCCAGUUGUAAGUGGGGCCUUGAGGGGGAAUUGGGAAGGAGAAGACUGACAUGAGGCCUCUGCACGGAUCCGUCUCUCCCUCCCCAUCACCCCUUCCUUCUGACACCCAGUCCCAGCUGCAGUCACUAUUGUGCCCCUCCUUGGGACAGGCUGGCUGGGGGCCAGGAAGGGGCCAUGAGGCUGCCUUGGGCCCAAGAAGGGACAAUAAGGCCAGUUGUAUGCUUCCUAUUUCUCAUAGCUUGCCUUGGUCGAGAUGUCUUUGUUGGAAUUGAGUCUAAGCUGCUGUGAUUAAGAGACCCUGAAAUACAGUGGUUUAAGCAAGACAGAAGCUUGUUUCUAAUUAGUCUAGACUGAGAUGGCCCAGAGCUGCUAUGGUUCUUCAUAGGCACCUUCCAAUUCUGGGUACACAGUGGCUGCUCCAGCGCCAACCCUCCUGUGAGCAUCCAAGUCUGAGGGAAGCAGAAAUAGGCAAGAGGGGCACACCCACUUUUUGCUAAGGGCAUAAGCCAGAAUUGGCAGGCUCACCUCUGCUGGCCUCUCAUUGGCUGGGACUCAGCCACAUGGCCACAAGCAGCUGCAAGGGAACCUGGGAAGUGUAGUCUUCAGUGCGGCCGCCAUGUGUCUGGCCUCACCUUGGGAGUUCUCUUAUUGAUAGAGAAGAAGAGAAUGGUUAUGGGGGACCAGUAGCAUCUCUGGGAGAGGGGGAGGGGGCAGCAAUAAUUCAGUCAUCAGAUCCCGCUCUCAUUGUCAGAGUUUCCGGAAUAGCUUGUUCCUGUUCCCCUCACUGUGCAGCCCAGGGCGGGGGGCAGUGAGGAGCCUGCAGCUCUGUGGGAAGGGGAAACGCCCUCUCCCCUCGGCCCCUCAAAGGCUACCCAAUGAUGCUGGUUUGCAGAGCUGGCCUGUGGAAUGGCUCAUGUUUGUGCGUGUGUGUGUGUAUAUUUAUGGGCAUGGGUGCAUGCUUGGUGUGUAUUUGUACAUGUCUGUAUUGCUGUGUCCCUGUAAAUACAUGCUUGUGUGUGGAUGGGGGAGGCCAGGCCCAGGUGUCCUUCGUCAGGCCUGUGGCCACCCCUCCUGCAGCUCCCCAAAAUGACUGAGGCGGAAAGCCCUUGGGGAGCCUAGAAGGCAAAGCUAAAGGGGAUGCAGGGUCUGUCCGUCUGUCUGUCUUUCAGUCUGAGGAAUGAGAAUCCUCCUGACCUGAGGGCUGUGCAGCUGAGAGCCCACUACCUCCCCAGCCCCUCUCAGCCCCAGCCACAUGAUCCCACCCGUCCCCUCCCCCACCUCCAGUGGGGCCAUCUCCGGUUGUCUUAUUGUUGGGGGUUUCCUGAUGGGCCAGAAGAGGAGGGCAUCUCCUUGCCACAGCUCUGUCUGGGUUAAGUGCCCAGUGAGGGCAUGGUGUGGGGGGCUGGCCUCAGAGCAGCCACUGGUGGGCAAGCGUGAAGUGGGCUGAGGGGCUCUGAGCCACUUCACUCCCAUCUAGGGGACUGCCCCCAUGGAACUCCUCCUUUGAAGUCACAGCAGCCUUCCUUUCUGUUUCCUCUUGGGGCCGAGAGGUGGCUCAAGAAGUCAGGGUCCCUGUGGCUCUGGGUCAAUCCAGGCCAGGCUGCAUCCCACGGACAGGGAGUCUCACGGCUCCUGAUCAUGCCCAGGCGCUAGCCUGGGGCCUCCCUCCUUGGCAGCUUCCUCACUCCACACCCCUGGCACCCUCAGUUGCUGUGGGGAUGCCCCUCCAGGGCACCAGCUCAGGGCUAAGGGAAGGAAGACAGGAGCAGCUCAGAGCUGCCAGUCCCUGCCUUCCUCGCAGACCUGGUGGGGCAGGGCCUGUUUACAGCAGCAGGAGUGAAGGCCUGGCCACUGGUGGAGAGGACAGCUGUUAGAGGGGUGGAGGCCAGGGCGCGGGGUUGAAGAGUUUCACAUAUCAUCACAGCAUACACUGGGAAUCUGGUGGAGGUAGAGGAACCCAGGGCCACUCCCUCAGUACAAAGGGAAACCAAGCUGAAUGUGACCACUGCUGCCAUGUCCCAUGUCCACGCUUCUCCCCGGGAAUAACUGGCCCUGAGACCCCUAGACCCAAGGAGGCCUGUCCAUGCCAAGCAUCCAGGAAGCAUGGCCGGCCCUGUCCACCCAUGGGUCACGUCGGUUCCCGGGGCAGCAUGGGAGAGCUUUGGGGGCAAGAGGGAGAGUCCGGGUGGGGAGACAGGACUUGCCCAAGCAGAAGGCAGGACCCUGGGAAAUGUAUAAUUUAAGGACAUCAAUAAUAGUAUUUUUUUUUUUUGUAAGGGAAAAUCAAUAUGUACAUUCUGAAAUCAUUUUCUCUGUAAAUGGUUGGAUUUCAUUUCACCCUUAAAGGGAUGCUUAAAGGAGAAGAUAAUAUUAAUAAUAAAAACAGCUACAAAGUCUGAA